AUGGCCGACUCUUUCGAGCUCUACGAUCUGCAAGUCGAGAUGAUAUGCCCUCCAGGCGAGAAGAUAUACUGUGGCGCCAAGGAUGGCGAUUAUUUCGUGCUUCGUGGUGAGAUGCUGUAUCUUCCUGAGGGACAGGGGUUUAGUAUAUACAGCUUGUCUGCUGUACUGCCACUCCUCGCCGCAAAGCAACGACAAACGCACGCGAACGACUGGAUGUCGACGGAUGCCAUUGUGGCUUGUCCGGAUCCUAAUUGCAAGUCGCAGCUCAAGAUUAUGAGAAUUGGGAGGAGGGAAUUUAGUCAUGCAGAGACGACAGCUGUGCCGCUGCAGGGUGAGUCGUAG